AUGGAUUUCUUGAACGGAAUUUUCGGGACUCUGUCCGAGUUUUUUAGCCUCAGGGCUAUAAACUUGGAUGUCCGCAUCAGACAGCUCGAGGACGCUGUCCGCGGUGAAAUGGAAGGCAACGUGAUCUUAGCGACGCUGUACCAUGCAUGCUGCAACAUCCCUGGCUCUCUGGAGCGUCGGGGAGAUGGCGCCUCGCCCGAGCAGCAGGUGCUCGAGGAAUACCAAUCGGAGCUGGAGGAGAGCUUGCAGUGUAUUUACUCAUGCCAAGAGAGGCUUCCUACCGUCUUCAUGAUAGCUUACUUUGUGCUGUGUGCAGGCAUUCCUUAUUUUGCCAUGCGUUGGUGGAGGGGGUGCCAUGCCCAGAGGUACAUCGUGAAGGGGGUAGAGGAGGAGGCGCUUGAGCAAGUAGAGACACAGGCACUGCUUUCUUUCGAGCCUGUCGAGAUCCUCAAGGACGAAGCAACCCUCGACCAAGCAGAGGAAGAAGCAGAGCUUUCCCUCGAACCUGUCGUGACCGCCGAGGACGAGGCAACCCUCGACCGAGCAGAGGAAGAGGCAGUGCUUUCCCUCGAACCUGUCGUGACCGCCGAGGACGAGGCAACCCUCGACCAAGCAGAGGAAGAAGCAGAGCUUUCCCUCGAACCUGUCGUGACCGCCGAGGACGAGGCAACCCUCGACCAAGCAGAGGAAGAGGCAGUGCUUUCCCUCGAACCUGUCGUGACCGCUGAGGACGAGGCAACCCUCGACCAAGCAGAGGAAGAAGCAGAGCUUUCCCUCGAACCUGUCGUGACCGCCGAGGACGAGGCAACCCUCGACCAAGCAGAGGAAGAGGCAGUGCUUUCCCUCGAACCUGUCGUGACCGCUGAGGACGAGGCAACCCUCGACCAAGCAGAGGAAGAAGCAGAGCUUUCCCUCGAACCUGUCGUGACCGCCGAGGACGAGGCAACCCUCGACCAAGCAGAGGAAGAGGCAGUGCUUUCCCUCGAGCCUGUCGUGACCGCUGUGGACGAGGCAACCCUCGACCAAGCAGAGGAAGAGGCAGUGCUUUCCCUCGAGCCUGUCGUGACCGCCGAGGACGAGGCAACCCUCGACCAAGCAGAGGAAGAGGCAGUGCUUUCCCUCGAGCCUGUCGUGACCGUUGAGGACGAGGCAACCCUCGACCAAGCAGAGGAAGAGGCAGUGCUUUCCCUCGAGCCUGUCGUGACCGUUGAGGACGAGGCAACCCUCGACCAAGCAGAGGAAGAGGCAGUGCUUUCCCUCGAACCUGUCGUGACCGCUGAGGACGAGGCAACCCUCGACCAAGCAGAGGAAGAGGCAAUGCUUUCCCUCGAGCCUGUCGUGACCGCCGAGGACGAGGCAACCCUCGACCAAGCAGAGGAAGAGGCAGUGCUUUCCCUCGAACCUGUCGUGACCGCUGAGGACGAGGCAACCCUCGACCAAGCAGAGGAAGAGGCAGUGCUUUCCCUCGAGCCUGUCGUGACCGCCGAGGACGAGGCAACCCUCGACCGAGCAGAGGAAGAGGCAGUGCUUUCCCUCGAACCUGUCGUGACCGCUGAGGACGAGGCAACCCUCGACCAAGCAGAGGAAGAGGCAGUGCUUUCCCUCGAGCCUGUCGUGACCGCUGAGGACGAGGCAACCCUCGACCGAGCAGAGGAAGAGGCAGUGCUUUCCCUCGAACCUGUCGUGACCGCCGAGGACGAGCCAACCCUCGACCAAACAGAGGAGCAGGUAGUGCUUUCUUUCGAGCCUGUCGAGAUCCUCAAGGACGAGGCAACCCUCGGCCAAGCAGAGGAACAGGCAGUGCUUUCUCAGAAGUCUAUCACAGAAGAAGAGACGAAACUUGAGAAUAAAGCCUUGCUCGUCAGUUCCGUAAACAUCUGUAGUGUGACUGAAGAAAUCAAGACCGUCAUGUUUGAUGCGAUGUCUGACUAUUCGAGAAAACACGUUCUCGGCACCGCGAAGCGAGUGCAGCUCAGUAGCCAAAAGAGAAAGCAAUUACACACGUUGCCAGACGCUUAUCUAAGCUGUAUCGCCGAUUUUUCGAACUUCAGCGCUACUUUUAAGACUGUCUAA